CGCCCUUGUGAGUGUCUGAGUCGACCAACUUGUUUCAAGAUCCCAAAGCGGUUUUUUAGGUCCGGGUGGAAGAGAAAGAGGUCACCGCAGGCGCUACUUUAGCCUCCUACUACACGUGGAUCAUAUUCAUUCAUGAAAUCAACUCUUAUUUCUUGAACUUGCGCAGACGUUUCACGCGUAAAGUCGUCUAUACUGAAGUACAGUAUAGCUUGAGGAAAUGCCGCCUACACUGGAAGUUGUAGAGCCUGCUGCACUACUUGUUCAUUGACUACUGUGGAUAUUUGAAAACAAUGUUUUCCCCUUUUUGUAGCUGAAAGCAUGCAGUUGUAGGCCUAUUUUGUCGCUAAGCGUUGGAUUUGUUAGUGUUUACGCAUGAAACUGAAGAACUUUCAGGUUAGUUUGCAAGUGUUUAAUACUCCAUGAGUAUAUUUAACUAUGAGUGAGAAAGAAGCGUUGCCUUUAGGAGACACUGAGGCUCAAAUCAAGGCAGAUUUGGAGACCCACGUGAAGCUGGAGGAUGCGGGUGACGCGGUGCAGAACGCCGGCGAUAAGAGCCCGCUGGACGGCCACGACGCGCCGAAACCCACGCUCCUCUACAAGCGUCGCUGGAUGAUCGUGCUCCUCUUCAGCUCCUACUCUCUGUGCAACUCCUUCCAAUGGAUCCAGUACGGCAUCAUCAACAACAUCUUCAUGAAGUUCUACGGCGUGGACGCCUUCACCAUCGACUGGAUGUCCAUGAUCUACAUGCUGACCUACAUCCCCUUCAUCUUCCCGGUGACCUGGCUGCUGGACAAGAAGGGUUUGCGGGUGAUCGCGCUGGUCGCCACGGCGCUCAACUGCGCGGGCACGUGGAUCAAGGUGGCCAGCGUGAAGCCCAACCUGUUCGCCGUCACCUUCCUGGGACAGUUCUGCUGCUCGUGCGCGCAGGUGUUCAUCCUCGGCAUGCCGUCGAGGAUCGCGUCGGUGUGGUUCGGCUCGGAGGAGGUGUCCACCGCCUGCUCCAUCGGAGUCUUCGGGAAUCAGCUGGGUAUUGCCAUCGGGUUCCUUGUGCCUCCCAUCCUGGUGCCUAAUGUGGACGACAUGGACGAGCUGGCUCACCACAUCAGCGUUAUGUUCUACAUCACAGCAGGAGUGGCUACCUUACUCUUCAUCCUGGUUGUCUUCGUCUUCCAGGAGCGUCCUAAACUCCCUCCGACUCAGGCCCAGGCCACAGCUCGUAGCAUCCCGCCUGAGCACUACUCCUACACAGCCUCUAUUCUCAGGCUGCUCCGCAACAGGCCCUUCAUCCUCCUCAUCAUCACUUACGGUUUGAACGUGGGUUGUUUCUAUGCUGUUGGCACGCUGCUGAACCGCAUGAUCAUCGAACAUUACCCUGGAGAAGAGGUGAAUGCUGGGAGGAUUGGCCUCACCAUCGUCAUUGCGGGGAUGGUCGGCUCCCUGAUCUGUGGCAUUUGGUUGGACAAAACGAAAACCUACAAGCAGACGACCCUCGCUGUCUACUUCAUGUCUCUGGUGGGGAUGAUCGUCUAUGCUGCUACGCUCAAUCUUGGACACCUCUGGGUGGUCUUUAUCACCGCGGGAGCUCUUGGGUUCUUCAUGACGGGCUACCUGCCGCUGGGCUUUGAGUUUGCGGUCGAGCUGACGUACCCGGAGUCAGAGGGAACCUCAUCCGGACUCCUCAACUGUUCAGCACAGGUGUUCGGCAUUAUAUUCACCAUCUGCCAGGGCAAGAUCAUGGACGGCUUCGGCACUCUGGCAGGAAACAUCUUCCUCUGUGUUUUUCUUCUAAUCGGCACAAUAAUGACAGGCUUCAUUAAGUCUGAUCUGCGUAGACAAAAAGCAAACCUUUUGGCCAAAGCAGCAGCGGAGGGGCAGACGUCGGGACAAGACUACGGAGCCACGGCGCUAAUCUCCCAGCCACAGACUCCUCCUGCACAAUCCUGAUCAGUAAACCUUUCUGCUUCCACAAAAAACAAAAUCUGCUCAAAUCUUAGCUCAACACGCAGCUGCACAAAGGGACCUUCUGACUGCCACAAUGGGAGCCCGGCUGCACCAUCUAUCAUCAAAGAAGCCGAGUUAUAGACGCUAAAACAAACACUAACAUGAAGCCUUGAAAAUGACCUCGACCUCCAUCAUGUUACAGUGUAACAGACUGAGACAGAACAACACAACCAGGAAGUCUUCACACCCAUUUCCCUGCUAAGAAGAGUUAGAUGUACAGUGUUGUAUUAACUAUUUAUAAAUAACAAAAAAAAUUCAAAGGCUGAUUCAAAUCUGAUAUUUAAUGCACAAUUUUGAGGAUAAAAUUCACUUGUCAUAAAUAUUGUAUUUAUAUUUAAGUGUGAAUUGAAUGCUCACUAAAUCUGCAAGACAAAUCUGAGUUUGUUUGUGUCUCGACAAUUUUACCUGUCAGUAUUAAAUGUACAGUUGAUUAUGUACAGUAUACAGUAUAUAGAUAGGCCUACAUUUUCCAUAAUGAAGUGACUAACUGCAUAAACAGUUAACCGUGUAAAUAAUACAAUAUCCACAUUUUUAUCAGUGAUUUUGGAAGAAGAUCUUUGUGAUUAAAAUAAUUUAUACAGCGGGAGGGUUUCUAAUCCAUGGCAGUCCACAGUAAGGGAUGAAAUAUUCAUGACAAACUGUUGUUAUAUUAUCUGUAACACUAUGCAUGUUUAUUUCUGUAACAUGAAAUAAAACUGUUUUAUAAAGUUUA